AUGGCGUCGCAAGCCCACUCGAGUGACGCCGAAGCACCACGGAUGCAUCCGAUGGCCAAUGUAUCGAUCGCGCGCUUCAUCCCGCGCUUCACCAAGCCGCUUCUUCUCACCACCCACAUCCCGUCGUAUAGACACUCCUUUUCGCCGCCUGUCCAAGAGAGGCAAGCACAGGCAGAGUCGUCCUCGUCCUUAUCCUCGGCCAAGAACCCCAACCAUUCGGAAUCCAAGCAGAUCCAGACAACUGAUGAUGCCGACGAUCGCGCCUCUUCAGAAUAUGGCGAUGGCGCCUCCUACGUGGAAUGGAACAAGCUGCUUCCCAUCCCGUCCAAUCUGCUCGGAGGCUCUUUCCAGGAUCUCUUUGCUGCGUCCAAAAGCAACACUCGCUGCACAGCACCGCCGCCCAGGCUCGUCUUCUUUGGCGAACAGCAUCACCAGCCGCACGUGAUGCGUGCACAGCUUCAGACGCUGCAUGCGCUCCAUGCGCAGUGCCAGCAAGCCUCGUCCGCCGACCAUGCGCCGACUUCGACACCGCCGAUCUAUCGGCUGCAUCUGAUUCUCGAGCACUUUUCGGUGCUGGACCAAGGCAUGCUGCACUCCUUUUCGCAGGGGCGCAUGGGGCCGGACGAGCUUGCGCACGCCUACCACGCGCACAGCGAAGAGUCGUUCCACAUCGGCCACUACAUGCCGCUGCUCAUGCUUGCCAAGGAGCUCGACGUGCCCAUCUGGGGCGGGUUUCCGCCGCGCCGCUGGGCCAGGCAGGUGUUUCGCAACGGCGUCGACGCGGUCAAGUCCGACGAACAUAAACGCUCCUCGCCAGAAUCCUCUGCUGCCGAGACUGCCUCGGAUCCAACAGUCUCCAAGCUGUCCGGCGCAGGGACACCGCGUCGCUCGCCACUGUUCACAGCGUGGUCGUCGGUGACCAACAUCAGUGCGGCGCAUCGCAGCUAUCUCUCGGGUCUUAUGCGGCCCGAUCUGCCGCCCCGCUUUCCGCCUAUCUCGGAUGCAGCCACUAGCGCCGCACCCGCGCUCGACAGGCCGGGGCAGCCGACGAUCUAUCCGACCUGGCUGCUCCAGCCGCAAAAUGUGGAGCUCAAGGGGUUCGGUCCCGCCCAGGCGCUCAAGGAUUCCUAUCUCGCCCACGUGACAGCCUGGAUCCUGCGUGGUGCCAGAGACGCCGAACCAUCCGCGCCCGCAUCUCAAGGCGGCUCUGGAAAGGACCGACCGGUGGUCAAUGUGGCACUCGUCGUGUGUGGCUUGGGUCACUGCGAAUACGGUUUUGGCGCACCCGAACGUGUCGUGCAGCUUCUCUCACAGCAUAGCCCGGCGGAGGGAGAGUGGACUCGGCCGUAUAUUAUAGCUAGCAAGCCGCUCGAUUCGGGCAUCUGGCUUGGCUACGAACAUGCACAGUCCAAAGCUAGCGCCCAAGAGCACGAUGCAGGCAAGCAAGAGACAGCAACAAGGGCCGAGGUGCAGCAAUGGCUGAGCGAUCCAUGGGCGAGAAAGAUGGCCGAUGCAGUGGUGCUGUACGACUGGAUCGACGAGCCCACCAACGAGGGCGAGGCCGAGACGAAGGCCAAUGACAAUGCACAUGUCAAUCCCACGCCGCCUAGCUAA